AUGAUCUCUGCGACGAAUUUCGUACACUCGUCACGUGUUUUGAAAACGCGACCUGCACUGUUGAACUGUAGUCUAUAUUGAAGUGAUAUUAGUAACAUUUGGGCGAUUAUGUCGUUUGUGGAUGAUGAAGUAUCAGACUGUGGAGUGGACUCUCACUCGCGAUUGGAAAGCUAUGUGUUCAGUUGUGAAUUGUCUUCUGAAGUUCCAUUUUACACAUUUCAAACAGACGAGGAUGAAGAUGAAGAUGUGGAACAUUUUCUCGAGCUUAAGACGAUUUGUCUAGGUGACUGUGCCAAAGAAGAGAAUAAUGUGGUGGAAGUGACUGCUAUGAAUCACCAAGGAAAGAAAAUAUCGGUCCCUGUAGCUAAUCUCAACAUUUCCUGCCUGCCUAUGGUAAGCCUCGGGGAGUUUGAGUUGAUGGCUCCGGUCACACUACGUCUGAAAUCUGGAUCCGGACCAGUGACCAUCAGUGGGUUACAUUUAGUUGCCACAGAGAAUGAAGAGUCUGAAAUAUCAGAUGAAGAUGAUGUCAGUGAGGAGGAAAUGCCCUCAGUCAAACCAGCAAAGAAAAAGCAGAAAGCUUAAUUUGAGAUGUUUACACCA